AUGGCUCUGAAAGUACUACAUAAAGAAAAGAAGGAGAUUCGUUGGGUUGGUUUGCCCGUAAAUAUGAUUGAGGAAUGCCGACGACUCGAAGAGGAGCGCGAGAAGCGACAAGUCUCUUUACGGAAUAAGAUCGCCGAGAUCCAGGAACUGAUUCUCCAGCUUAUUGCUUUCAAAAACCUGGUGAUGCGUAAUCGACUCAAGCAUAGAUCCCAACAACAACAACAGCAUAAUUCUGCUCUUGGUAACAAAGGGCCAGAAACGGCUCUCAAAAUGUCCGAUCGGCUGAACCGAAACUCAUUUGCCAUCUCGCGGCCAGGCCAGCUCGUCAACUCUCGAGCCGACCGUGUUGAGCUUCCUUUUUUGGUUAUUUCAACUCACAGGAAGACUGUGAUUGACUGCAACAUAUCCAAUGACCGGUGUGGAAGUUAUUUUUAA